GCUGACUCGUGACAUUCAGCCGCUGGCCUUGAAAUGCUCUGGAGGUUAUUUCUAUUUUGCACUCUUGCUGUUAAUUGGAGAUUUUAUUAGAGAUCAAGGGACCAAGCAUUUAAUGUGUCAACUAACAUCUGACAUUUGGUGAUGGAAGAUGCUGGCUUUGAGUUUGAAGGUGAGGAACUCUGGCACAUGGGUCCUGCAGACUACAGAGUGAGGCGACGCUUACCAGAGUUUGCAGCAGACUGGACCCUUGCCAGCGAUCUGCCCUCUCAAGUACAACAUCACUCCAACACUUGCUUCUACAAUAUUCCUCGCUGUAUUGCAGGAGAAAAUGAUCCAUCAGAAUCCAUUGAGGUGGAGAAGCAGGAAGACCCUCGAGAGGUUGAAACAGCAGUGCUGGUGGCCGGGAUUGUUGUGGGGUUUCUGGGACUGGUGGCUGGAAUUGUUUUUAUCGUAAUGAGUAAGAUGGAGCCACCAGCUGUAUGACCAUUCGCAACUGACCUCUGCGGCUUCAUUCUGUAUGAGAAACUGCUUAUCCUGUUAUAAAUACUGUUGAAUACUGCUUUUGGUCCUCAGAGUAAAUGAUGUAAUACACAUCAGUCCAAUAAAUGUAGG